GCGCGUGUGGCGGUAAGGAGUGGCGAAGGCCCUUUGUUAGCACUGGGCCCAACAAAAGGUUGCCAUUAACAGUCUUGUUUCCAUACCUCCAUCAUCACUGCUUGUAUCCCUUCCCAAUUCACAUACAGCAUCCGUUUGACUCAGACAUGUCUCCAAUCCGUCCUAAAAAUCUGAAAACUGUCAAAAAGUACUCGCCAUACUACAGUGGCGAGGAGGCGGAACGAAUCCGUCGCAGAAUUGGUCAAAAGCAAGUGCCUAUUGCUCCUCCUCCUGAAUCUACUACACUCCACCCAUCGAUACAUGUUUCUUCGGAGAUACCACAAGUUACCCCUUCUUGGCUGGCGCGAUAUGAAUGUAUUCGCAGCAUCGGUAAAGGGUCGUUUGGUGAAGUUGUUGUAAUUCGUAGGAAACCGCUGAGCAGACCGCCUACCUUGUUCGCUGCGAAGAUUUCUCGGAAGAUGCUACAUCGACGAUAUGAAAAGAUGUCGAUAAAUGCAAUUAGAACCAAGCAGAACACAGCACAGCGAAAAGACGAUAAGAAUGUCGAGCGGAGGAUCCUCGCCAGUCUUCCCUGGAGCCCAUUCAUCGCUGGCAUCGUUAACGCUUUUGACGACAGCCGGAAUCUCUAUCAAGUCCUGGAACUCGGUAUCCAUGGCACGCUGCAUCAAUAUAUUCACCACCGAUCUCUCAGCCCCGAGCACUGCAGAUUCUACUUCAUAAACAUAGCCCUCGCUCUUGAAUUCCUCCACUCGCAUGGUAUCAUACAUAGGGACUUAAAACCAGAGAACAUCGUCAUGGGUGCCGACGGGUAUCUCAUGCUCACCGAUUUCGGCAACUCGCAGCGAGUCGAUUCAGAUAAUCUUUGGGACGAAAUGGGGACCCUGCAUUAUGUCGCCCCUGAAUGCAUACUCAAUACUGUUCGCAAGGAGUGUGUCACCGCUACUGACUGGUGGUCGGCGGCUUGUAUCCUUUUCGAAAUGGCAGCAGGCAAAUUGGCUUUUCCAUUACGACGUGCCAACAAUGAUGUCGAAGCUCUAACCAACUGUCGCACGCAAAUCAAAAAUGUCGCUUACAGAUGGCCUCGGCGAACUGCAUUUCAUCCUGAUCUUCGAGACCUAGUGGAUCGGAUGCUUGUUUUGGAGGUCGAAAAACGGAUAGCCAGUGUCACCGAUGACACAGGAAUGAACACUCAGUUACGCUCUCAUUCAUUCUUCCAAGAGAGUGAUUGGAAAGACAUUAAGGAGCAGCGCAUCCUCGCACCAUAUGUUCCACCUUCUGGGUGUGAUCCAACUCAAGAAUGGUUAGAGAAUGGUGUACCUUGGCCAGAGGAGGCUCCGGGAUUCACCAUUGUGAAACCACCGAUCGGGCAAACAUAUGAUAUCCGGACUACCUACAAGAACUUCGCACCAGAAAGACAAGCGCAUCUAUUCCCAGAGCCAGAAUUAUUCUAUUAUUAGAUCGGACCUUUUCAUAUUCUCUGUGCUGUUGCAGUCUUGGGGUUUGCAAUAUUGUAUCACUAAUUGUAAUUGACCUUGAGCUCUCCACGCAUUUCAAUUUUCAUCAUUGCAGGCUUUAAUUGUUGGUUCAUUUGCAUUUCAUCUCACGUCACAAUAUGUAGGAGUAUUAACAAGUAUUCUUCGCCUAUUUCUGUUGUCUUCUCGGUCAGCAAGUAUGCAGUAUGGGAACAGCCAUACUCUCAGAAGGGCUGCCGAGUCGACUGAUGUUUGACCUCAAAACGUUGACACUGCUUGGCACAUCAAACAUUAGACAAGUUUGCUCAAAACCGUCGAAUAGCAAUACAACGCACGCAAGUCA